UCGUUCAGCACAAGGUCAUUUAAUAGAUUCUUUCAUUUAGUAAAUAAUCUUGGUUCAACAUAGAAUAUCCAAUGUUGAAUAAUUUUAUUUUUUCACUAGUGAUUUGAACGUGUUGUGUUUUUUUUUGUAAUGUAUUUUGUGUAUAGUGUAAGCAAGAUGAAUACCGCCGAAAAAAGAUCUGCUUCAUCCGAAAAAGUUUCAGGUUCAGAAAUCAAACAACUAAUCAGAAAGAAAAAGCAACAAACAGUCCUCUGUUGACUCAUUCGCGCUAAUGAAUAAAGUAAAUAUUACAAGAAUAAACCUCAGUUUCCACGAAAACUUUUAAAAAUAGACCAUAAGUUAGUCGUGCGCAGGAUGUAGAGAGCCUGCAUUUACACAAAAACGCGCAGUGUGAUCAAUCUGGUUAACAUUACAUGGUACAGGAAUCAACACGUCCACGUUUUUAGAAUGUUUGACAAUGAAGCGUCUGCGAAAUUACGUUUUUCCACGAAAAUCUUGUCCGCUCAUAGAAAACUUAACAAUUGCCAUCAAACACGGUUAUCUGGACAGAGUAAAAGACCUUUUUUCAAAAUCGUUAAUCAGAAAACGAAACGAAGCAGGUUUUACGUUGCUUCAAGAAUCGAUUCUACGCAAUCGGAGGUCGAUUUUCGAGUAUCUGUUACAGUUCCACGACAAAGACGAUCUAGAGGUUCGCAGCACCCUUGGUGAAACAGCAUUAAGGUACGCACUUGGCCACUAUAACAAACAAGAUGAGUACUACGCACUGGUGUUAAUUGAAAGAGGUGUUUCGCUGAAAGAGAAAGAUCCAAAGAAACCUUAUCUACACGACGCGGUUAAAUUUUCAUCCAGAAUAACAAAAUUUUUGCUGGACAACGGAGCGGACGUGAACUUCGAAAGCCGAUAUGGUAUUACGGCGUUACAAGAGGCACUUUUUAAUUCCAGUAAACAAAAUAACGACGAAAUCAUAACUACUCUGCUGUGUUAUGGUGCUGAUCCAUUUAGCGAAUUGGCAGACGCACAUAAUGUGUUUGAGAGUGCUGUAAUAUAUGGACAACCUGCUUUCAUUCAAGAACUUUUAUUUUUAUACACAUUUGAUGAACAUAUACCUUGUGACAUCAUGUUUAAAGUUUUGUUAAUACUUGCAAAGAAAAAAUCACCCCUGUUCCACACAAUCCUUGAACGUGGCAUGGAUAUUUUGGUAAACGAGACAGAAAAAGUUGAUUUUGCUAAACUUUUGUAUGAUUUGUUGGCUCCAGACAGUGAUUAUUUGGAAAUUCUUGUAGAAAAGUGCAACACGCUUGUAUCUGACAUUUUCGAAAACUUGGUGUUUUACAGUUUUACUUCAUAUCCGCCGUCUUGCAUUGACCAUGGACCAAAUCUGAAAGUGACUUAAGGCUCCGCCACACAGUCAUUAAAAGAUGCCAAAAUAAGGCAAAACGCCAACCUAUUUUGCGCCUUUAUUUUAACAGUUGAAGAGCAGGGCGAUACAUGUGCGUGCUCAUGAUAUAAAAAUCUUUAAGGAAGCGUCUUGUAUUUUUUAAAAAACGUAGCAGUUUUUAAAAUAAAAAAUAAAGUGCGUAAAACCCCAGCGGAUUUUUAGCGAAAACUAUAACUCGGUGUGCUUUUAAAAAAUAUCGAGGUGAUAGAGAAUUUUUUUCUACUUUAGGCGCCAGUCUUCGUUUUCUGUUAAAAUUUUACUUCUUUUAGUUAUUGUAAAAAAACUGCAAAGCAUUUUGGGCAAAUUUUGGUAAGUUAGGCAACCCAAUAUAUUAGCUGAGGCGCUAAGCUGUAAUUUAUGGCCCACACAAUACCACCUUUUAAAUACCUUAAGCUUAUUUGACCAUUCUUUGAAGUACCUGAGAAUAGCAUUAAGAAGGAUAAAGACGAGUAAAAUUUUUACAGAAAUAUGAUGACAUUUCUACGUUGUUGUCUUGAUUUCAUUCCCCCUUUUAAUUAAAUGAAUGAUAUUAAUUAAAUGGAAUUUUAUUAUUGGAAUACAUUUAUUCAAGCUAUAUUAGGGAUGUAGGAUUUGUCUAUGACAAUAUGUGCAGUAAAGCAAAUAAAAUUGCAGCUAUAAAUUACUACAAUUCCUAAGAGAGGAGUACUUAUACUGCACAAAUGGAAACAGGUACAAACUGGCUGAUGCGGUAACAUCGCACACCUCUUUGGCCAUUUGUAUAUUGUUAUCAGCAUAUCGUGGUCGUUUUGUUGGUGAUUCCAUAUCAUUAUUGUCAUCAACAUUAUAAUAGUCGUAAUUACUUUCAUCCCUAAUCUUCUGAAUAUAUAUUGGACACAUUCCAAUAAAUAUUUUUCAUAUUUACUGUACUUUAACGUGGCGCUUACACUUGCUUUUAUGAAAGAUCUUUGUAGUAAAUACCCAAGGGAAUUUGCUUUUUUGAUGACACUCACUGUCAAUUCUGAGUUUACUAUUACACUUAGAUCCAAUUCGGAAUUACUUAGUACUGAUUAAUACUACUCCAUCCAUUGAGUAAACAUAUUUAUUAUUUAUUAAAGAAUCACAGGAAAAAAUCAUCAUCAAUAAAAUCAUAUUAAUAAAAUAAAAAUAAUAACAAAAAACCAAAAACCCCUUCAAAGCAUAAAAUUCAACAUUUUACACUUAUUGCCAAAAAAACUUAGCACAUCUCUAUAAAUCUUUUUUCAAUAUAUUUCGGAGUUGCUGAUUUCGACUCCACCGCGAGUCAAUAAUUUCUGGUAGCAUGGCAUUUAAAUAAAAUUUUUCUAAUUCAUUUGCCAUAUGUUUAUACCAGAAGUCAUCAUUUCUUUCAAUUAAAAAAUAUUCUAAAUCUACGUUAGUGUAGAUGAUAAAAUAACACCAUUUUCUUUUAGUUAUAUGCAGUUGACCCUGCACCUGAUACAUAUAGUUGUGGUUAGGGUUCAAAAUAAUUUUAUUAUCUCCAUUUAUUGUACAAUAAUUAAUGAUUUUAUUUUUAAUAGCUUCUUUAAUAUUUUUAUCGCAAGCUGCAUAUGAACAUUUAAUCUCUGCAAUUGAAUCAGAAUUUAUUAAGCCAUCUGGAGAAGCUCCUAAAAAUUUUUUUUCGUUAUCUAUAAAUAAUCCACAGGAGACAACUUUCAAAUUUGUCAGAGCUUCAAAUUUUUCUUUGGCCUUUUCUUCAUUGUCAAUACCAAACUGUAUAGACUUGGGCAAUUUUUUCAUAAAAGUUUUAUCGGAAUGCACAAUACCUUUAACGGUAUUUGCGGUGUUAGUUCCGUCUCUCAUUUUGCACACCUUUCCAAAAUUGCUUGCAUUUAACCGAACUGCCCUUUCUUUACUCCAUUCACAACACAUUCGCUGGCCACAAGUAGCUUUUUCAAUAGCGUUUACGUUACUUUGUGACAGCUUUAUUAAUAACUCCGAUUUUUUUCUUUCAUACACUUCAGGUAAUAUAUCUGCAGUUUUCGUUUGUUCAUCGUCGGCGAUAUUAUUUUUGCCGUAAUCGGAAUCGGCACUUUGGAUACGCAUCAUUUUGAUAUGGGUUUUAUUUUUAUUAACAGUUUUUAUUUUUUUCAAUCUUUUUUCCGCAAAUGCCUUCGUAUAUACACCAACAUUGGCCUCCCCAAAAAUGUUUUUGAAUAACUGAACUAAGAACGUACCCUUAUUAUUAUAACUUAUUGCCGCAGCAAAGCAUCGCCCUUGAUACGACCCUCGUGCAGAAAAAUUUAUUCUUUUUCCUCCCACAGAUUUAUUAACGACGGAAUUGUAGCAUUCCACAGCAUUGUUGUCCACAUCGAAAAGUAAACUAGACGACAAAUUUGCAACUCUAUUUAAAACUUGUUUGUAAGGUUCGUAUAAAACACUAUUUGCAAAAGUAGAAAAAAAAAUAUCAUUUGACUGUCCACUCUUACGACAAAAAUAGCUUGCACAGUGUUCGUGAUUUCCAAAUAUAUGCUGUGGCCCAUUUAAAAUAUCCUUUUUAAGAUUUUCAAUUUUUUUAUGUAAAGGAAUAGGCUCAUUUUUGCGAAAUUUGAUAGCACUUAUAAUAGCUGUUCUAAAUUUUAGAGUACUGUUUUUAAGAACGUUUUUAACAGUGAUAUCUGCUUUCGUUGUUUUAACUAUUUCUCUAAUUUUAGAACAAUAAUUACGAAGUAUGUGAUUUCUACAUUCAAUUUUUUCGAUAAAAUAAUGUGCACCAUAUGGUUUUGCAGCCCGAACUUUUUUUAAUACGCUACUAUCCCCGUCGCCUAUAAUUCUCCUAUAACGUAAAUUGUGAAGUUCCUCAGACUUUCUAAAUCCCUCUAAGAUAAUUGAAGCUUCCAUAGACGUAGAUGUCUGCUCCCAGUUUUUAAAACAGUUAUGUGUUGGAAUUUCUUUUUUCUGUUUCAUAUAGAUUUUACAGAAACUACAAAGUUUGUUUUUCACUCCAACAUAAAGAAUUUUUUUAGUUCUGGCACCAAUUACGCAUCCUACCCCAGACAAUGCAUUGUAAUUGGAUUUGUAAGAGCGUUUGCUCCACGCUCCAUCGACAAUAACGGUAAUAUAUGGAACGCCAUCAUUAUCUACCUCCCCCGCCUCAACUGCUAAUCGGUAUUCUUCUUUACCUGCUUUUUUGAUUUCUUCUUCUAAAAGUCCUUCUAUGCUCUUUAGAACUCUAGCCUCAGCUUUACGGUAUGUCGCCUGGGACAUUUGAGGGAUAUCUAGAGCUGAACAAAAUUCUGAGAUUUGAGAAUAGCCUACACCUAUUGAUAUAGCUCCACAAAUAGCUGCAUCAUUCACUUUGUUUAUGUGAUUUUCAGGUUCAGUACAAAAAUUACCGAAUAUUCCACACAUUUGUAAUAGAAAAAACUUUUUAAACCGUAACAAUUUUCAUGAGUUAUUUCAAUAUUAUCUAAAGUGCAACCCAACAUAUUAUGACUGAUUGAUUUCAGUGUUGUUAAUAAGUGGCCUAUGUCAACAAUUCUACGUCCAGUAGGAAAAAAAGUGUUUGUAUUGGUCGUAGAAAGAGUAUCCUUCUCGACAAGAAAUACAUCAUCUGAAAAAUCGCUGUCAGUUUUAUAACAAUCUAAGUUACUUGUGAACUGCUCUUUCUCUGUUUGAACCACAGUGUUAUCAUUAUUAGACUUUGAUUGUUUUUGUUUUUUUAUCAGUUUGUUAACUAGUUGUUUUUUACUUUUGCGCUUACCACAAACGCUAGGAUUUUUCUUGGAAGAAUGCCCCAUGUUUUCAAAUAGAUAUAUAUCUGUCCACUACUUACCUCGUCACUAUUCUAAAAACUAUUAAAUUAACCUACUUAAAUGCUACACUAACUAAACACUAAUCACUAAAAUAUUUGUCUAUUAUAUAUACGAAAAUUCACAAAAGCAACACAAAAAUACACGAAGUAGUAUGGAUACACAGUCAAGUAGGUAACUUUACACUGACAAAUGACAAGUAAUGAGUUCGUAAGGAGUUGUCGUCUAUUUAUACAAAAUUCCCUUCCCUUAAUACCUACUAAUAUAAAAUAUAAAAGAUAUGAUGUGCCCAAAGAGUGGAGAGUAAUAAAAGUUACAACCAUCCUAAUCGCUUCAAUGAGUGACAGCACGACCGCGCCCCAGGCAGCAUUCGGUCUAAUUUGGCGGCCACUUUACCUUCUAGAAUUUUUCUUUACAUUUUAGAUUGGCUGGCAUUAUAUUGCAAAACUUAUUCUUUAUUUUUACCUGAAAACCCAAAGGAUUAGUAACUAAGUCCUCGUAAUCCAAUAACUUCAGGGAAUGCCUAAUAUUCUAUAAUGAAAUGAUUUCUGCGAAAGCUCAGGUAAACAUCAAAUUUAUUAUUGUUACAGUAUUUCGUAGGGGUGUAUUUGUCUGAUAUAUAAGUGGUAAUACUAACUAGUCACGAAUUUCACUAACUUUGUAAAAUUUUUCUUUGACCUUUUCUUCAUUGUCAAUGCCAAAUUGUAUAGACUUGGGCAAUUUUUUCAUAAAAGUUUUAUCGGAAUGCACAAUACUUUUAACGGUAUUUGCGGUGUUAAUUCCGUAUCUCAUUUUGUCCUUUCUUUACUCCAUUCACUACACGUUCGCUGACCACAAAUAGUUUUUUCAAUAACGUUUACGUUACUCUGUGACAGCUUUAUUAAUAAAUCCGAUUUUUUCUUUCAUACACUUCAGGUAGGUAAUAUAUCUGCAGUUUUCGUUUGUUCAUCGUCGACGAUAUUAUUUUUGCCGGAAUUCGCACUUCCGAUACGCAACUUUUUAAUAGAGGUUUUAAUUUUAUGAAUCGUUUUUAUUUUUUUCAUUUUUUUUCCGCAAACGCCUUCGUGUACUAACAUUGGCCUCCCCAAAAAUUUUUUUGAAUAACGGAAUUAUUAUUAAUUUGCUUCAUUCAAAAUACAUUCCGAGAGGUAACUAGGUACCUACCUAAAUUUCUAAGAUUUUGGGUUGAAAAAUUCCAAGAUUAGUAAGAAAUACUUCCUUAAUCUGCUCUACCUGCUGGGAUACACUUCCCCCGCUGACAAUAGCAGUAAUAAAACUAGUUACUUAUUGUAAACGAAGUAAACGAUUUUAACCCUUAGAGAUGAGUGGCAGCUGUCAUAACGAGGUAGCAUGGGUGUUUUACAAGUUGCAUAUCUUUUAAAAUAGAAAUUUUCUUGAGGUGUGGUAGAGCCUUAAAACAGUUCAGAAAAUUCAGCCUGGACAAUUCAAUUUAAAGUGUGGAAGUAUGAAGCAAAACUACAUGUUCACUUCAUCAAAGGAGGAAAUAGGUCCAGACAACGCUAAAUAUUGAAUUUGCCAAGGAUCCUUCCAUUUGUAUGAUUCUAUGGCGGUAAUUGACGGAUUCUCAGAAUCAAAAGUAUCAGCUCCAUGGUAGAGAAAGCUAAGAAAGAACUGGUAGAAACGAAAAAUGAAGCAAGCAAAAACCACAUAGAUGAAAGAUGAUCUCUGAACUGGAUUUUCCAAAGCUGUUUUCAUGUCUUUUGAAACUUGCUUCAAUUCCACCAAAUUUUGUCAUUAUUAAAAUUAUUUGACAAAUUUCGUUGAGAUAUUUUUUCUAAACACGUGGGGUCAUUUUAUUCAAAAAUCACAUUGAUUGUCAUAUUGUUGGUACGAUAGAUGAGGAUAUCUAAACUUGUGUAUUGUAUAACAAUCAGUGAUUGGUCGACAAAUAGCGCCAACGUUUCUAGAAAUAUUUAUUUAACUACGUGGUUUCGGUUCUCUCAAGAACCAGCAAAUUUAUUUAAAUGUUUGUAAGAACAGAGUUAAUGCAAUGAGAGACAAGUAGAAGCGGAAUUCGCUGAAACUUGACUAAGUUUCAACAGACAUUAAGACGACUUUGGAAAAUCUUGAAAGCAGUGCAGGCAAUAUGAGGAUAUUUUACCAAAUUUGUAUACCCUAUUGUUUAUUUUGGCACGUUGCCUGUUUUUUAUGUAUGUACAUAUAUUUGUUUGAAUAAACAAUAUUAUUUUGUA